AUGUACCACAAGAUCAAUGCAUUGGACACUGUACCAACUUGGUAUGAAGCAGAACUUGCAGGAAACCAAGUUAUGACCAAUCACAAUGUCAAGAAUCUGAAAAGUGUCACCCAUGAAGAGUUUGAUUCAGCUUUAGAGAAUUGCAAGAAUCAGGAUUUGAUGGAAUUGAAGCCACUCCCUGGCAAUCAGGCUCCCAGCGGUUCUACAGAGCAAAAUAUACUCAAGACUGCUGUUGAUGUUGCUAGAUUGAGAGAUAUUGGAAAGGCAUCAGUGACAACCCCAAAAUACUUUCGGAAGGAGAAGAGGAAAGUUAUUGACUUGUCAACAGCUGAAGCGCUUGCGUUUGGCACUAUACCUUCAUCUCAAGACAUACAACAACAUUAA